UCGCGAUCAUGAAGCGCCCGGUGGCAGCUACUGCAUGGGUCGUUGUGGUGUGGACGUUGGUUCAGUCGGUGGAGACAAACGAGGACGACAACAUGGACAUCUCCUAUCGCAUCAUUGAAAGCCAGGAAGUGAUCUGGGCGUGGGGAAAGCUCGAAGGCGUGAAAGGCUCUGCUCGUUACGACGACUGGCCGUCCGUCACACGCGACCACGUUCUCUACGACAACGCCAAUCUCACAAAGCUGUCCGCGUCCUCCUCUUAUCUAUGCCAGAGUUGAUCAUUGCGUUCGAUAGGACGUUCCUCAAUGUCCAACUGCCAACACCGCUACCCGUGCAAACUCUUCCGCUGCAAGUCACCGACGUAGCCAUCGCCAACUGCGACUUGACUGCGUUUCCGCCAGAUAUGCUGCACAUGACCCAUCUUCAAAAGCUAGACCUGAACCGCAACAAUCUCGUGGACUUCAACAUCACCGCGCUAGGGCCGUCGACAUCGUUCCCAUCCUUGCAGCAACUGUACGUCCAUCCAUCCCGCCCUCGACACUCGGUUGGUCUGAGCUUCUGCAGCAUGUUGCAGGAGAACGCCCUCCGCACGUUUGACAUUGCCGCGCCAUCCCUUGUCCAAUUAGACCUCAGCGGCAACCAGCUCACGGCGCUGCCUAGUUGCUUGUACACGAUGAUGGAGCUACUGGAACUGUACUUGGCCAACAAUUCGAUCCCGCAGCCAUUGCAUGUGUCGGCCACCGAGUUUGAGUUCCUCUCAGGCUUAGACUACUUUUAUAUGGACUCGGUAGUCGUCGACUCGAGUGCUUGUAUGGGCGCGAGCCAGCUCCAUGCGCUCAAGGGCAACAAAAUCUGCGUCACAUCCUCGUCCCCUUCGUCGCCGCAUCCCCCCCCUGCCAUCGAUCGUCCAUCUACUACCUGGAGCUACUCGACGUUAUCUUGGGUCCUCCUUGUCAGCGGCGUCCUCGAAGCGGUCGUGGGGGUCGCAGUGUACGUAGCAUACCGCAACCAAAGGAACUUCAAGUGUGCUGCGCCGCCAUCGUACACGACGACGACGACGGCGUCCUCGGGGGAGCGAGAGCGGCUGCUGUCGGUGGAGCACGUUCUGUAUGCCAGCAUGGAAGCAUGGACGUCGAGCACGACUCUGUCGCAGGCGCUGGAGGCAGAGGCGCUGAGGCUGGACUGUGACGCGGUUUCGCUGGAUGUGCGCCUGGCUCAGGGGGGAUACGGGGAAGUGUGGCGGGGCCACUACCACCAAUCAGUGGUCGCGAUUAAGCUGCUGUUGCCGGAGAAGCGAGCCCCCAGCGAUAUCGAAGCGUUUAUGCGGGAGAUUGUACUGCUUGCAAGCUUGGACCAUCCGCACAUAAUCCAGUGCAUCGGUGUCGCAUGGCCCAAAUCGAAGCGCGACCUGAUGCUUGUGACAGAGUACGUGGGUGGCGGGGACCUCCGCGUGUUGCUAGAUGCCGAUCCAUCGUCCGCGCACGUGUGGCGGCGGCAGAAAGUGCAUUUUGCCAUCGACAUUGCCGUGGCCAUCGAGUAUUUGCAUGCGCUGGAUAUUGUGCAUCGGGACAUCAAGGCCAAGAACGUGCUCGUGGACGACACCAGCGCCAAACUGUGCGACUUUGGGGUCGCGGUGCGCCUGCACAACCCCUCCCUUUACGGGGGCUUUGGGACGUCGCGGUGGAUCGCGCCCGAAGUGCUCUCUGGCGACCAGUUCACCAAGGCCGCAGACGUGUACGCGUUUGGGAUGGUGCUGUCGGAACUCGACUCGCACCAGAUUCCGUUUGCGCAUAUCCGGACGUUGUCGGGCAACGACCUGACGAACGUGGCGAUUCUGCAGCAAGUGGUGAAAGGCGCGCUCUCGCCCGAGUUUGGUGCCGCGUGUCCGCGCCAGAUCCUCACGCUGGCCAAGUUGUGCCUCCAUCCGAACCCCAAGGCCAGACCCGCGGCCGCCGCGGUCGUCGCGGCGCUGCGUCAAGUUGUGUUGGACCCAUGAAAUCGUGCGAGUAUUGGGGAAGAGUAGUACAUAUAGGGUGGUGUAUGUAUAUAUAUGGUAUAUAUACCUCGUCCAAGGGGAUACUAGUAGUAGUUACUAUCGAGAUCCCGUUUCUACUAUAUAGUACUUCGAAGGAUUUGAUAAGAGAAAACGAAG